AUGGCGGUUCGCUCGCUGAUCUGCAGAUCUUCUGCCUUUCUGUUUAAGCCUCCAGCAGCUCUGUCUGCUCACACAGGCGCUGUGGGCUUCAUUCACACCGGUGUCAAACACAGCAGCGCCAAAGUAGCAGUGGUGCUUUCUGGAUGUGGAGUGUAUGAUGGGACAGAGAUUCAUGAGGCAUCAGCAAUCCUGGUGCAUCUGAGUCGUGGUGGAGCCGAGGUCCAGAUGUAUGCUCCUGAUGUGGCGCAGAUGCAUGUUAUAGACCACAGCAAGGGGCAGCCUUCAGAGGAGUCCAGGAAUGUCUUAGCUGAGUCAGCUCGCAUUGCUAGGGGUAACGUCACUGACCUGGCUAAGCUGAGUGCGAGUAACCAUGAUGCAGUCAUCUUCCCAGGAGGCUUUGGAGCUGCUAAAAAUCUGUCAACUUUUGCUGUCGAUGGAAGUGACUGCACUGUGAACAAGGAGGUGGAACGCAUCUUAAAGGAUUUCCAUAAAGCAGGCAAGCCUAUUGGGUUGUGCUGUAUCUCUCCGGUGCUGGCUGCAAAGGUGCUCCCUGGUGUGGAAGUGACUGUGGGACAUGAGGAUGAGGAGGGGGGAAAGUGGCCGUAUGCUGGCACUGCUCAGGCCAUUACUGCACUCGGGGCCAAACACAAAGUCAAAGAUGUCACCGAGGCUCAUGUUGACCCAAAGAAUAAGGUGGUGACCUCUCCGGCAUUUAUGUGUGACACGAAGUUGCACCUCAUCUUUGACGGGAUUGGCUCCAUGGUUAAAGACGUCCUGAAGUUGACUCGUAAAUAAGUGGCACACGGCUUCCUCCAACAAGCUGCACUUAGCUGGAUGGUAGUAAGCCACUUUUGAUUUGAUUGAUAUGAUUGAACAAAACUCCUAGUUUAUAAAUUGCAAAAUGAAUUAUUUUUCUUGGUAUUGCCUGAUGAGUGAAUAAAGUUCUGUGUAGUUCACUUUUAAACAAAGCCUAAGCAUGAUUACAGUGACAGACAUUAUUAAUCAAAAGCCUAUCUCGGCUUGGUUUUAUUUCUUCUAAAUGUCCACUAGAUGGUGCCGUGAUACAACCAGACUGAAGCUGAGCCCUAAACUGUUGAAUCUUGAGUAAAUCAGUAAUUUAGAAUAAAAAUACUUGAUUUAAACAUUUUUUGUUCUCAGCUGUUUGUAUUGAAAAUUCUUGAAAAUGGUAACAUUCGUCAAAUCAUGAAAUAUCAUUUUGGAAUCUGAUUAAGGUUUUAAAAAAGAAUGCUGUUUUAAUUCAAUCAAGUCAUUUUGAGGAAAAAAAGAAAUUCCUGUAUUUCUCUGUAACAUGGUCUGGUGCUUUGUUAUUGUUUGUAAUAGGUGAGCAAUGUCAAUAUAAGACACAGUUAAAGCAAGUGUGGUUGAUGUGGUAGCUCUAGGAAAGUUCUGACAUUGUAACGAAUGUAAUGUUAUGUAUAUUAAUAUAUAAAAUACUUCCAACUAAA